AGGGGUGUUUUCCGCCAUUGUUCCUAUUUAAAGGUCUUUGAUUCUGGGCUUUUGAAAGAGCACAAUUGCUCUUGUCGACUCUGUUAAUCCUCAGUUUUGUUGUAUCUGUUAGCAUCGGUUGGCGUCUUUGGGUUUUACGAGGAACCAACCAUAUAGAACUGUUGAGAGUUUCUGUUCCUUUAUUAGUUACGUUUGGUCUCAUAGGUUUUUUUGGAGGAUUCUUUUGUGGAUUCUGGGAACCGGGGUGGUUGAGAUUCUGUCACGAUGACGAUCCAUGCCUCUCCAGGAAGCUCGGGCUACUUGGAUUCAAUCCAAGAGGGAAAGGUUUCAUAUUUCAGCAACCGUUAUGUACUCGGAUUAACUAUCACUGCUGGUAUUGGGGGAUUGUUGUUUGGAUAUGAUACAGUGCUGUUUGCAGGUGUUAUUUCAGGGGCACUUCUGUAUAUUAAAGAUGAUUUUGCGGUGGUUAAUCAUAAUAAGUUUUUACAGGAAACAAUUGUUAGCAUGGCAUUGGUUGGAGCAAUUAUUGGAGCUGCUGCAGGGGGGUGGAUGAACGAUGAGUAUGGACGUAAGAAAUCUACUCUUGUUGCUGAUGUGAUUUUUGCAAUUGGGUCAGUUGUUAUGGCCGCAGCUCCAGAUCCAUAUGUUCUUAUAGCUGGGCGACUUCUGGUUGGCUUGGGAAUUGGUGUAGCAUCUGUCACUGCGCCUGUUUAUAUUGCAGAAUCAGCUCCCACUGAAAUAAGGGGAGGACUAGUGGGCACGAAUGUGCUUAUGAUUACUGGUGGACAGUUCCUUUCGUAUCUAGUAAAUCUUGCUUUUACUGAGGUCCCUGGAACAUGGCGCUGGAUGCUUGGAGUUGCUGGGGUACCGGCUGUUAUUCAGUUCUUUCUUAUGCUGUAUUUGCCUGAGUCCCCUCGCUGGCUUUACAUGAAGAAUGAAAGAUCCAAAGCUGUUAAUGUGCUUUCCAAAAUCUAUAAUCCCAGCCGUUUAGAGGAGGAGGUAGGCCUGCUCAGUGUGGCGUUGGAGCAAGACCUUUACCAGUCCAAGAGUUCUGGCAGAUACCGGGAUGUUUUCAAAACCAAGGAGGUCAGAAUUGCAUUUCUUGCUGGGGGUGGACUUCAGGCAUUUCAGCAGUUUACUGGGAUCAACACAGUCAUGUACUACAGCCCAACGAUCGUCCAGAUGGCUGGAUUUCAGUCUAACCAGUUGGCCUUGCUCCUAUCCCUCAUUGUUGCUGGCAUGAAUGCUGCUGGAUCAAUUGUUGGUAUUUACCUGAUAGACCGUUGUGGUAGGCGUCAGUUGGCCCUUACGAGUUUAUUAGGUGUGAUUGUAUCCCUUGGCAUCCUCUCUGGAGCUUUCUACUUGCAGUCCUCUAGUCUAGUGUUGGGGCUUUGUGAGAGUAGCUUUCUGCAUGGCAGCUGCAAAAAUGGGUAUGGAUGGUUAGCGAUCCUUGGCUUGGCACUCUACAUUGCUUCCUUCUCACCAGGCAUGGGGCCUAUUCCAUGGACUGUGAACUCAGAGAUCUAUCCAGAAGCCUAUCGAGGGAUAUGUGGUGGCAUGUCGGCUACCGUAAAUUGGGUCUCUAACCUGAUUGUGGCCCAGACAUUCCUUUCACUAGCUGGGGCUGUGGGGACUGCUGGAACAUUCCUGAUUCUUGCUGGAAUUGCUGUGGCUGCCUUCUUGUUUGUGUUCUUUUACUUGCCAGAAACCAAGGGGUUGAGCUUUGAACAGGUGGAGAGAUUGUUAAAGGAGAAGGCAUGGGGAAGUAGUGGGUAUGGGAGCGAAGGCCUCCUUGGGAGAAAUGGAGUAUAAAAGUACAAAUAUACAUAUCAUUUCCUUCUUAGUAUAGUUGUAUAUCUUAUAGACAGUUGAAUGAAGAUUAGAGUGAAAUAAAAGGAGUUUGGGGAGAGGCUGGCUUUGUUUCUUCUUGCCUAGCAAGCCCAGAGCCUUGAAUUGAAGUCCUAUAUUGUAGUUCAAUUUUGGCUUUUGCCAUAAUCUGUAACUGAAUUUAGUUUAAGUGAAUCAUUUUUGGCUCCACAA